CCCGCACAGUUCAAAGCGGCAGUGUUUUGCAAGCAUCGAUUGCAUACGCUAUGCUCGAGUCGCCUCGCUAUUAUCUAUACAAAACACAUAACGACUACUUACUUCUGAAGAAAAAAUCAGUGAUUCUCAAUAAUUAUUUAUUUAUUUAUAUUUAUUUAAUCAUUUAUACUUUGUUGGUGAAAGUUUCUGUUGAAAUAGAUUGAUAGCGUCCUCAAACUGACGGAAAAUGAGUGAUGGAAGGAAAAGACUUAGCGGUGCUGAGUACAGAAAAAAUGCCAAAAUAAAAAAAGAUAAACAAGAACACGCACUUCAGAAGACCAGGAAAAUAGAAGCUUUUUUUAAGAGUGAAAACAGCAACGAGGGUUUACGUAAUGCACAAGAGAACUCGGGGAUUAGUAAUAAUAAGGAAAAUCAACAUGAACAAGGUUCUGUUCCGGUUGAGGUGAAGAGCCUGUACCAUCAAAAACAGUCAAAUCAGUCGUGUCCAGUAAAACUUGUUCAUCCUCCUGAUUCUGACACCGAAAUACCUUCAACAAGUAAGUGUUAUUCAAAGUCAGAUAACGAAGAAGUGGCUAUAGUUACGACAUCAACUGAAAUUCAUUCAAUAACAAAACUAAACACAGAUCCAGCCUUAUGGGAAAUAAACGAUUUAACGAGAGAUAUUAUUGCCAGAAAUGGUUUUGAACAAAACAAGUCCUGUGAUUUCACAAAAAGUGGAAGAAUGUAUUCCGAUCAUCGCCGUUAUUUACCAAAAAAUAUAUUUUACAGAAAAAUGAAGAAUAAUGAAGUUAAAGAAAGGAAUUGGCUCGUCUAUUCGGAAAGCAAAAGCUCGGUAUUUUGUGGACCCUGUAUGGCCUUUGGAUCUUUUGAGAACAAGACACAGUUUGACGAGCAAGGCUUCAAUGAUUGGAAGAAUGCAGAAGUUCGAGUAGCUCAACACGAAAACUCUCCAAGUCAUAAAUCAUGCAUUCUCGCUUUAAGAGCUAGAAGUGUGAUUCACGGCAAUAUCCAAUCUUCCUUAACUAUCCAACUUAACGAAGAAAUUUCUUACUGGAAGAACAUUUUAAAGAGGGUUGUUGCUGUUAUAAAAGGAUUAGCUUCUAGAGGUCUCGCUUUUAGAGGAAGUAAUGAAAAGUAUGGUGACCAGCAUAGUGGAAAUUACAUUAUGCUUCUGGAAUUAAUAGCAGAAUUUGACCCAUUACUAGCUAAACACAUUGAAAGAUAUGCAAACCAAGGAUCAGGAACAACUAGUUACCUAUCGAAAACUGUUUGUGACGAAUUUAUUUCUUUAAUGGCUGAAAAAGUAUUAAUAUACAUUAGUAAUGAGAUAAAAAAAGCAAAGUACUUUUCUUUGAUUGUGGACUCAACACCGGAUGCAGCACAUAUAGAUCAGCUAACGCUUGUCAUUCGAUAUGUUUUAGAUAACGGAGAACCAUGUGAAAGAUUUAUCAAAUUCUUACCUUCUGUAGGACACAAAGCUCAAGAAAUGUUUGAUGCCAUUACUAUAGAGCUAGAACAGUUAAACAUUAAUCUCAAAGAUUGCCGUGGUCAAUCUUAUGAUAAUGCCUCUAACAUGUCAGGGAUUUACAAUGGUUUACAAGCUAAAAUUCAAGAACAAGCACCAUUUGCCAUGUUUGUUCCUUGUGCAGCUCAUUCACUGAAUUUGGUGGGAACCUCGGCCGCUGAGUCUUGUCCAGAAGCCUGCCGCUUUUUCAUGUUGCUGGAGGAGGUAUAUACUUUCUUCGUGAAGUCAACCGAACGUUGGAAAAAACUGAUAAAUGAGAUAGGAAGAGGAAAGAGGCUCAAGAGAGUGAAUCUAACUCGUUGGUCGGCUAGAUCAGAUGCCUGUAAAAGUCUAAGAGAUUCUUGGGAUGAAGUAGUAACAGUUUUAAAAAUUAUUGAAAAUGACACUACAGAGAAACCCGUCCCGCGAAAUGAGGCAAAAGGAAUUCGCAUUAAAUUAGAAAAACUUGAAACUGCUUUCAUGGUCGUAUUUUGGAAUGCUAUUUUGGAGAGAUUAAAUAAAGUGAGUAUUCAGAUUCAGAGCUCAUCUGUAGAUGUUUUGACGGUAUCUGAUCUCUAUGGAUCUCUAGUAGAGUUUACAAUAGCAGAACGAGACAACUUUGACUAUUUUGAAGAAAAAGCAAUUGAGAUGAGCGCUCUUAAGCAAUAUCAAGGUGAAAUAAAGAGGCAACCUAAAAGAAAAAAAAUGACGGAUGAAACAUCGAAUGAAGAACCUGAAACACCCUACGGCUCCAGAGAUUUUUUCAGAGUGGACACCUUUUUGGUCAUCCUUGAUAGACUGAGGGCUGAAAUAGAGAGAAGGCAUAAUGCUUACUUAAACUUUAAAGAAAAGUUUUUAUUUUUAACAAAAAUUACUGAAUUUUCAACACAAAUAGUUACCGAAAAAGCCCAGUCGCUGGUGAAAUAUUAUACCAAUGAUUUAGAGGAAGAUUUGGUUCAAGAAUGUGUGCAUUUUCACAGUUACAUUCCUCUAGUAAUGUUGCAGAAUGUGCAGUGAAGCCUAGAUCAAACUCAUUGCUCAGUCUCUCAACGUUUUUGAGGAAUCACUCGCUGUCUAAUGUUUACCCUAACUUAGAUAUAGUUCUCCGCAUCGCACUUUCGACUCCGGCUACGAAUUGCUCUGGGGAAAGAAGUUUUUCCUGUUUAAAACGAGUAAAAAAUUAUCAAAGGUCUUCAUUGUCUCAAGAAAAAAUGAAUUCUUUGGCUCUUCUCUACAUAGAAGCAGAGAUAAUGAACACUAUAAACUAUGAUGAUAUUAUAAAUGAUUUUGCUAUUAAAAAGUCCCGUAAAAAAUUGUAAUUAUUGUUUCCUUAAGCCCUUCCUAAUGACUAAUUCAUUAUUUUGAUCAACCUUAGUUCGUUUCUUACUACAUAUGGAAAAUUAUUAUUUUAGUAAGGUACAUGGGGCGGCGCAAAUAAAGUGGCCUACACUCGUAAACAAUAUAAA